GAACUAAAAUGCGCUCUUCUAAUUGUUGUCUGCUGGGGAGGCGUUUCUUCCCAGUAAACGAUUUUAGCUCAAGAAAAGCCACCGCAUGACACGUAACAGUACGUUGAGUGAGUUGUUAUUGUUGCUGUUACCGUUGGCGUCCUCUCUUUGCGUGCCAUUUGCUCAAUUUCAAUUCUUUUCCGCCCUCUAACGAACAAUUUCGGGAAAAUCAGAAAAACCGACGUCGAGGACAGCAAAAUCUUGAAUAGGGUCCCGUUAAUUCGUUCUCCAGUUUAGUGCUCACUUAAUUUUUGACGAAAAGCUGCAAAGGUACUUAGUUCUAGCUUGUUGAGGGGCUUGAUCCCAAGAAUGGAUCAAGAUGAGAAAUUCUCACUUCAAGGAAAGCAGGAGAAAUUACCCAAGAAUGGAGUUUUGGGGAUGAUUGUUAGCCCAUUUAAGUGGGUGAAAAAGCUGAGUGAUGAGUUGCACUGGAGCUUUGUGUUGGGAGUAGUGAUUGUGUAUGGAAUCAACCAGGGGCUCUGCUUGGGGUUGAGCAAAAUCAGCACGCAGUAUUAUAUGAAAGAUGAGCAGAAAUUACAGCCCUCUGAAGCUCAGGUCUACCAUGGAAUGAUUAUGAUACCUUGGAUUGUCAAGCCUUUGUGGGGUCUUCUUACAGAUACAGUUCCCAUUGCUGGACGGAGAAGGAGGCCGUACUUCAUCCUUGCUGGCAUAAUUGGUGCCGUCUCCAUGAUUACACUAUCACUGGAAAACAACAUAUACCUUGGAUUUGCUUUGUUACUCCUGGUAUGUGGAAGUGCUGGUGCUGCAGUAGCUGAUGUGACUAUUGAUGCCUGUGUGACUGAGAACAGUAUAGGUCAUCCUUCUCUCGCUGGAGAGAUGCAGAGCUUGUGUGGAUUGUGCUCUUCUGUUGGACAAUUAAUUGGAUACACAAUUAGCGGCUUUCUUGUUCAUCUGAUUGGAUCAAAGGGUGUGUUUGGAGUCCUUAGCAUUCCAUCUGGACUGGUGAUUUUGGUUGGAAUGACAAUUCAAGAGCCCUUGAUCCGGAACUGUUCAUAUAAGCGAGUCAGUCAGAAAUUUCUGGAUGCUGGUAAGGCUAUGUGGAUGGCUCUCAAAUGCCCCGUUGUUUGGAGACCAUGUUUGUACAUGUACCUAUCAUUAUCAGUGAGCCUGCACAUACACGAGGGAAUGUUUUAUUGGUACACAGAUGCAAAAAAUGGCCCCUCUUUCUCAAAGGAGGCAGUGGGAUCAAUAUCAGCUCUUGGUGCAGUUGGCUCUCUUUUAGGCGUUCUCCUCUAUCAAAAUGCUUUUAGAAGUCACCCUUUCCGACGUGUGCUUUUCUGGGCACAGUUGCUGUAUGGUGCGUCAGGAAUGCUGGAUCUGAUACUGGUUUUGCGUAUAAACUUGUUAUUUGGGGUGCCAGAUUACGCACUUGUCGUGUUUGAUGCAGCCGUCUCUCACAUGAUUGGGCGCCUCAAAUGGUUGCCUCUUCUUGUACUCAGUUCAAAGCUUUGUCCUUCUGGUAUAGAAGGCACAUUCUUCGCAUUGCUUAUGUCGAUUGAUCACGUGGGUUCCUUCACUGCAUCUUGGGCCGGAGGCUUGUUGCUCCACACUUUAAAUGUAACAAGGACAACUUUUGAUAACCUUUGGUUGGCCAUAUCAAUAAGGAGUCUUUUCCGAGUUCUUCCAAUCGGGAUUCUGUUCCUGAUUCCUAGUAGUGAUCCCAAUGUGUUGAUCCUUCCAACUGAGAUGUUGAGAACAAAGAAGGAUAACAACACAACAGAUCCUAUUAAUAUGGAAAUGGCCCCCCUUGUCAACAGGAUCGAUCAUACUUCAUUAGACUCAUGAAAUGGGAGAAGACCUGGAAAAUCCAGUAUGAAUCGAGGCAUGUUGCUCGAUUUUCUUGAAAUUUCAAUUGGUUAUCUUUCGUUUCACCUGUUGUUGCUGAAAGGAACGGCACAGUAGCAGUUCCAGCUCAUAUGACAUUGAGAACAAAAGAUUGAUCAAGAUUGGAACUGCCCAUUUUUCCAGGUUUCGAAUGUCAUCUGCCUAAUUUCAUUGACAUAGUUUAUAAGGAAAGUCUUAUAAGAAACUAUGUUCUUCUCCUAUGGAUCCAUGAGGUCAUCAGUGAAUUUUCUACAUGCAACGUGGAAUCAAUCUGAUCUGCAGCUGAGCCUCUGCUUUUAUUUAUUAUUAAAUUCGUAUAAUAUGCUACUAAUUAGUGGAAAAUCUGAAGCUCAAAGAUGGGGAUAUUCCAGAGGACUAUAUUUGACAGACAUAAGAACUUACAAAUGCCUCAGAGAUUCC